AUGGCAGUCCCUUUCCCUGAAAGUCCCUUCCUGUCCGGCUUCGAGGCACCAUGCCGUUACGAAGGACAGGUGCGCGACCUCGUGGUCCAUGGAGAAAUUCCAAAGUCAAUCAGCGGGACCUUCUUUCGCGUCAUGCCAGACCCGUUUCUAUCUCCAGCAUACUACAAAAACGGUUCACACUUCAUCCCCUUUGACGGGGAUGGCAACGUGUCAGCCUUCCGCAUCCAUAAUGGUCACGUUGAUUAUCAGCAGUCAUAUGUGCAGACAGAACGCCUCCAGAUGGAACGUGCUGCUCGAACAUGUUUAUGGGGCGUAUACCGCAACCCUUUCACCAACCAUCCUUGCGCCAAGGCAGCCAUCGAGAGCACGGCCAACACAAAUGUUGUUUACUUCAACGGCCAGCUCCUUGCCCUGAAGGAGAGCUCUCUUCCAUACGCUAUGGAUCCGAACAGUUUAGCAACGAAGGGCUAUUAUGAUUUCGAGGGCCAAGUCAAAUCUAGAAGCUUCACGGCACACCCCAAGCUGGACCCGAAGACCGGCGAAUUAGUCUGCUGGGGUUAUGAAGCGAAAGGCAACGCUACUACUGAUUGCUGCUACUUUGCUCUUGGGUCCGAUGGCAAGAAGACCGAGGAGUGCUGGUUCAAUGCUCCCUACUGCGGCUUUAUCCACGACGCCGCCAUUACAGACGACUACUUGAUUCUCAUGCAAAUUCCCAUGGUGUGUGAGAUGGAGAGACUAGAAGCACAUGAGACGCAUUGGAUCUACGACUACAACCUUCCCAUGGUCUUCGGUGUCAUCCCCCGUCGAGGCGCUGAUCCUAAAAAGGUCCACUGGUUCAAGUGGAAAAACGCUUUCGGCACACAUACUGCCAAUGCCACGCAGGUUACUGGUCCCAAUGGCGAUGUGUCUAUUAGGCUCGAUACAGUUCUCUGCUACGGAAAUGCCUUGGGCUUCUUCCCUUCGCGGAACCAACCGACUGACUUCAACCCGGAAAAUAUCAAGGUCAGCCUCGCCCGUUUUACCAUCGCGGUAUCUGCUCCCGAAUCAUCAGAGCUGCCCCAAUUGGCCGACCCUACCGUAAUCUUUGACCAGCUUUGCGAGUUUCCUCGCAUUGACGACCGCUUUGUGUCGACAGACGUUAAGUGGGUCUACUGCGCUACCAUGAUCCCCGACUUAGAGAUGGAAGCGAAUGCAAAGUCGCUUGUUGGUAUGGCCGGUCUCAACGGGCUGGCCAAGGUUGAUACCAAGACUGGGAAGGCAGAGCUUUGCAGUGUGGGCUCAAGCAGUCUCGUGCAGGAGCCUGUGUUUAUUCCCAGAAGCAAAGACGCAGAGGAGGGCGACGGUUAUCUGGUUGGUCUGGUCAACAGGAUGGACAAGAUGGUCAGUGAUUUGGUAGUGGUUGACACGGCCAAGUUCUCUGACGGACCCGUUGCCGUAGUGAAUUUACCUCUCAGGUUGCGUCAGGGUUUACAUGGCAACUGGGUUGAUGCGAGUGAACUUCCGGUGAAGGACUUGAUGGGAUUCAAGUAA